CAUCCAAAAGCAAUCACAUUCUCAAAUCUUCCCUCUUUUUCAAAUUUAUUUCAAAUUUCACAAACCCUAAUCACAAUUUCAAAUGGCACGAACCAAACAAACCGCCAGGAAGUCCACCGGAGGAAAGGCUCCACGUAAGCAAUUGGCCACAAAGGCUGCAAGGAAGUCGGCACCGGCAACGGGGGGAGUGAAAAAGCCACACAGAUUCAGGCCAGGAACGGUUGCGUUGAGAGAGAUCAGGAAGUACCAAAAGAGCACCGAGCUUUUGAUCAGGAAACUCCCUUUCCAGAGGCUUGUGAGGGAAAUCGCUCAGGAUUUCAAGACGGAUCUUCGAUUCCAGAGUUCUGCUGUUGCGGCUCUUCAGGAAGCUUCAGAGGCGUACCUUGUUGGUCUGUUUGAAGAUACUAACCUCUGCGCCAUUCAUGCUAAGCGAGUAACUAUCAUGCCCAAGGACAUGCAACUUGCUCGUCGUAUCCGCGGUGAAAGGGGAUUCUGUUUGGAUGUUCAUGAAGACAAUAGAGAUCCCAGAUGCUUGAGAGGCGGACAGGCGGUAUACCAAACGUUUGCUCUUGAAAGGGUUUUUUCUAAGUUGUAUCUAUAUGCAACCUUAUCGGAAGCUUUUGGUAGGAAAAGAAUGUUUCAAAUGGCACGUACGAAGCAAACCGCCAGGAAAUCCACCGGAGGAAAGGCUCCGCGUAAGCAGUUGGCCACCAAGGCGGCAAGGAAGUCGGCACCGGCGACGGGAGGAGUGAAAAAGCCACACAGAUUCAGGCCAGGAACAGUUGCGUUGAGAGAGAUCAGGAAGUACCAGAAGAGCACUGAGCUUUUGAUCAGGAAACUUCCAUUCCAGAGGCUCGUCAGGGAAAUCGCUCAGGAUUUCAAGACCGAUCUUCGAUUCCAGAGCUCUGCUGUUGCCGCUCUUCAGGAAGCUUCUGAAGCAUACCUUGUUGGUCUGUUUGAAGAUACUAACCUCUGCGCUAUUCAUGCUAAGCGAGUCACUAUCAUGCCCAAGGAUAUGCAACUUGCUCGUCGUAUCCGUGGUGAAAGGGCUUAGAGAGUCGGUUUGUUGAUGGUUUCAUCUGUCAUGAAAUUACUAGUAGAUCUGUGCUGGUUUUAUUUUUAUAUUUCUAUGUUUUAGUUUAGAUUUCUUUAAUUUGAUGUGUAGUUCGUUAUGUGGAAAUCAGUGGUUAUUAAUCAAUGAAAGUUAUAUAUUAGUCUA